AUGAAGGGGAAAAUGUAUGAAAGAAGUCAUACUACAGAGAAACCUUCUGAAUAUACUCAAUGUGUUAAAGCCUUUGAAUGUCCCAGUCAUUCUCAAAGGCAUAAAAGAACACAUACUGGAGAAAAACCCUAUGAAUGUAAUCAGUGUGGUAAAGCCUUUAUGCGUCACAGUCAUCUUCAAAGGCACAAAAGAACACAUACUGGAGAGAAACCCUAUGAAUGUAAUCAGUGUGGUAAACCCUUUUCAUGUCAGAGUUCUCUUCAAAAGCAUAAAAGAACACAUACUGGAGAGAAACCCUAUGAAUGUAAUCAGUGCAGUAAAGCCUUUUCAUGUCAGAGUUCUCUUCAAAGGCAUAAAAGAACACAUACUGGAGAGAAGCCCUAUGAAUGUAAUCAGUGUGGCAAAGCCUUUUCAUAUCAGAAUUAUCUUCACAGUCAUAAAAGAACACAUACUGGAGAGAAAUCCUAUGAAUGUAAUCAGUGUGGUAAAGCCUUUACACAAUACAAUCAUCUGAAAGUUCAUAAAAGAACACACACUGGAGAGAAACCCUAUGAAUGUAAUCAGUGUGGUAAAGCCUUUUCAUGUCAGAGUUAUUUUCAGAGUCAUAAAAGAAAACAUACUGGAGACAAAACCUAUGAAUGUAAUCAGUGUGGUAAAGUUUUUAUAUGUCAUAGUAAUCUUCAAAGGCAUAAAAGAACACAUACUGGAGAUAAACCCUAUGAAUGUAAUCAGUGUGGUAAAGCCUUUUCAUGUCAGAGUUAUCUUCAAAGGCAUAAAACCACACAUACUGUAGAGAAACCCUAUGAAUGUAAUCAGUGUGGCAAAGCCUUUUCAUGUCAGAAUUAUCUUCACAGUCAUAAAAGAACACAUACUGGAGAGAAACCCUAUGAAUGUAAUCAGUGUGGUAAAGCCUUUGCACAAUACAGUCAUCUGAAAAUUCAUAAAAGAACACAUACUGGAGAGAAACCCUAUGAAUGUAAUCAGUGUGGUAAAGCCUUUGCACAAUACAGUCAUCUUCAAAGUCAUGAAAGAAUACAUAUUGGAGAGAAACCCUAUGAAUGUAAUCAGUGUGGUAAAGCCUUUUUAUGUCAGAAUUAUCUUCAAAGGCAUAAAAGAACACAUACUGGAGAGAAACCCUAUGAAUGUAAUCAGUGUGGUAAAGCCUUUUUAUGUCAGAGUUAUCUUCAAAGGCAUAAAAGAACACAUACUGGAGAGAAACCCUUUGAAUGUAACCAGUGUGGUAAAGCCUUUUCAUGUCAGAGUUAUCUUCAAAGGCAUAAAACCACACAUACUGGAGAGAAACCCUAUGAAUGUAAUCAGUGCAGUAAAGCCUUUUCAUGUCAGAGUUAUCUUCAAAGGCAUAAAAGAACACAUACUGGAGAUAAACCCUAUGAAUGUAAUCAGUGUGAUAAAACCCUUGCAGAAGACAGUAAUCUUUAA